AUGAGCGAUUCGGAAUAGGAAAAUAGGAAAUUGGCUGUAAAUGAAUUCAAGAUUUCUUAGCAUUUUAAUCUAUAAGAGCAAGAUGAGUAAUUAUUACUUUUCUUGUUUAAUUUUAUCAGACUAGAUGAAGAGGUCCUUGAGAUAGUUGAGUUAUUUUACAAGAAUAAAAGUGAGCUUGUAAAGCAUACCAAUCCUGAUAAGAAAAUAAUUAUUGAUAACAUACUUGACUUCAAAGACCAUGCAACUGCUAUUGUAGGACUUAACCUUAAUGAGUACUUUGAUUAUAUAAUCAAUAGAUACAGCCUCAGGAAUUCAAGGCACACUUUGAAAUUUGAAGAGCUGUAUUAGAUCUUGAAACCUUGGGCACUAUAUCAGUCGAGACAGAAAGAUAAACUCUAAGCUAUGGUUCUUGGAGGAGUUGAUAGUCGUGGAGGACAUGAUGUUAGCUAACCAGGAUUUUAUGCACAUAGUGACGAUUACAUUUCUGACUACAUGAGACAGAAUUCAUCGUAUGAUAAUACAGCAGGAAAGACAUUCAUGAUUGAUGACUAGUUUUACUCAGCAGAUUAAGAAGCAAUCAGUAUGGAAAAAGAACAUUACAAACAAUAGUCCUAAAGUAUUAUUAGGUUUAAGCUUGCCAAGCAUGAGUAAAAGAUUGAAGAAACAUUAUUAGAGAACUGCAGUGAUGAAGCAAACAAAAAGAUAAAUGUAGCCUAGCUUUAGAGAGUAUUUAGAGAUUUAGCUUAUCUAUGUGGAUUCAUAGUUGUAACAUUUGAGGACGUGCUUGCAAAUGAUUUUAUAAUGGAUAAUGAUCAUAAGCAGCUUAAGCAUUCAUCAACUAAAGCUAUUGAGGAAUUUAUCAAGUUUGCUUGGCUGUAAGAGCAUAAUAAAUUAUUGAAGAAAGUAAACAAAAGAUAGUCUUGCUUAAAAAAAUCUGGUAAAGAAUGGCCAGAUGUUGGGCCAAUCAAAGAUGCACCUUCUUUCUCUGAAAAAGAUGAUAAAAUUGUAUUCUUUGAAGAUGAUCUCUAUGAAAAGGAGAGGGCAAAGCUCUAAAUUUACUAUAUGGACUUUAAAAAGCUAAUCCUUAAUUUUAUUGAUCAAGAAGAUAACUCCUCAGUCGUAGUGGAUAUCAAUAAUGAUUUUUCUCAAAUUGAAAGUUACAACUAAAAUGAUGGAAAGAACCUAGACUACAUAUUUUCAAAUAUGCCUCUAGUGGUUUCACACAACCAGGAUCCUGAUGAGUUUGACUUUAUCAAAGAAAACUUAGAGAGGACAUUGAGAUAAUAUCAAAGACUUUAUGAAGUAGCAGAUUUUAGAACUGAAAAAGAAAGAUAGUUUAUGAGUGAUUUGAUUAAGUAACUGUCAACUUAGCUUGACUAGCAUUAGGUUAAUGUUGCCUAGAAAAAAGCUUUGAAUUAGGUAGUAGUCUAUAAAGGAGUUUAAUCAUUCAACUAAAUAGAGCCAAAGAGUAAAUAUGAGAAGAGUUUACAGGAGAUAUUCUACUUCUAUUCUAGAUAGCACAGAGUGUUUUGCAUUACAUUCUAAGAAAUGUGGGAUGAUUCUAUUCACAUGAGAAACGGGGAGUUCAUAAUGUUCUGUAGGGAAUUUGGAAUAAAAAUAUAGCGUGAAAGAGCAGUGGCAAUCUUUAACAAAACCUCUGACUUUAGAAAGCCAAUUAGUUUCAAAUAGUUUGUCUAAUUGCUAGACCUUCUUGCUGUUACUCUAAAUGAAAUUAAAAUAGAUCAACUUGAGAAAAGAUUAAAAAUGAUAAAGAAACUCCUAGCCUAGCAUUAAAAGAAAAUAGAUCAUAUUAAGGGAAAGUAAGAAAAAAUAGAACCAAUAAAAUAGCCAAUAAAAGAAAGUGGUCAAUUAGAUGAGGAUGGCAAUGAAGAAGAUGAAUCUUAAAAGACUGUGAGAUUUGAUAGUCAAGUUUAGGUUAAAUUGAUAUAAGGAGGAGUUUCUGAUCCAGCUUAAGCCAAGAAAGAACUUGAAGAAAUGCAAGAUAGAAUCAAUAAGAUUUAGUAACAGUCAGUACAACUUGAAAUUGAAAAGGAUAAAAUCAUAAAUGAAGUUUCAAGAUGUAAAGCCAAGAAAGUCGAUUAAUGCAACUAAGAGCUGAUGCAGUAAUUAGAACUCGACUAUCCACAAAAGUAUAGAGCAAAGAUGAAAGGGUGUGCAGCUAAUCCGUUCUAAAUGAAAGAUCUCAGUUACAGAAUCAAUAAGUUACCUGACGAUAUUCUUCGCAAGAGAAUGAAAUUGAAAGUCAAGUCAAACAGUACUGCUGAUGAACUCAAAAAGAAGGUAGAAAUGAUGAAGUAAGAGAGGCUAAAAAGAUAGCAUGAAAGAGAGCAUUCUUAGUAAUAAGAGUUUAGAGAUCAAGAGAUGAAGAAAAAGAAGUUAUUUGGACAGUUAUUUUCAGAUGCAGAGACUACAAGCAAGAUAUCAAGAGCUACUGCAAAGAGAGAUCCUUCAAAAGCAGCUAUUGAUAGCUUGGUUGGUAAGAAUGACAAAGAGUCUAUUCCAGAAGAGGAGUAAAUUAAGAAAAAACCAGCACAUCCUAUUUUUAUCACACUCAAUGACUUAGAAAAAAUGAAUGUCAAAUAGUUUAACAGGAAUAUCAGAGCUGACUUCUAACCAGAGGAAUUCUUGUAUGAUACUGAAGAGGAGGACGAUAAAGAUAAGAAGAAGAAAAAGAAAGCUAAUAAAUAAUAACAUUCAGAAUUAGCUGAAAAAUUAAAAGCUAAGGUAUAGUAAAAAAAUAGUUCAUUGGAAAAUUCAUUUGAAUCACAACCUCCAUAGCCUAAAAGGUCUGAGUAAAAAAGAGGUGGUCACUAGAUAGCUAAUUAAAGUGAACUGGUAGCUGGAUUAAAAACUCAUAGAGCAUUAGGUGCAGGUGGUCCAAUAAAAGCAUAAUCUUUGAUAGAAAAUCCAUCUGGUAACCCUGUAUCAAAAUUGAAAAACGCUCCAUUGACCUCUAGAAAUCACCCAGCUAACAACAAAAGUCAGAAUGACUCUCUAGAUCUUGGUUAUCAAUCUUAAAAUGAAAAGAAGUCUAAAAAGCUUGUAGCUAGUAUCAAUCCUAAAAAGCUUUAGCAAUAGUCACUGGAUCUUUCUAAUAAACCAUUACAGGGCUCAUUAAAAGCAUCUAAAUCUUAGUAACAACUUCAAUAAAUAGUAUAAUCAUCUUAACAACCCCAGAUGGCGCUAGCGCUAAUCUCAAAAGAUAAAAACUAGCAGUAUAAAACUGAUAAGAUGCGUGAGAGAGCAAAUGAGAUAGAGAAGACUACAGAGAAGAAGAAUGUACAGAGUAUGAAAGACAUUCUUAAAAUGCAUGAUAGGCAAGUUAACAAAGGACUAAAAGUAGCAAAUAAGAAGCAAUGA